UGAUAUUCGGGUGGUUUACUAGUAGGGAGGAGCAACUUGACUUGACUUGAUUUGACUUGUAUCCAUCAUCGAUGUCAUUUUGAGGAUCAACGGAUAAAGAUGGAUAUACUAUAUAAUCUCUCUCUCUCAUACACAUCGUGAUCUAUUUGCCGGGAAAAUUAUUGUUCUUAGUUUCGUCAAUAAAAUUAUCAAUCAAAAUCCAGGUCGAGGUUGGAGGAGUUGGAUCUUUGAUUUCAACCGCUGAAUUAAAAAAGAUUGAAGAGAAGAGCCAUUUUUGGCUCUAUGUUGAUGCAGUCAGUUUUGCGAUGGUUUACUUGUUGGGCGAAUCAUGUCCCAACACCAAGUGGAUGACACCGAAUACAUGGCAGAUGAUUAUGAAAUGGAUGAUGUAGAUGAUGAUAUAGUUGAAGAAUUUCAUGGCACAGAGAUUGGUGGCACGGAUUCUGAUGUGGAUGAAUAUGACUACUUGAAUGAUAAAAUGGCAGAUACUACUACUGCUGCUCAAGCUAGGAAAGGCAGAGAUAUCCAAGGAAUUCCCUGGGAAAGGCUUAGCAUCACCAGGGAGAAGUAUAGGCAAACUAGGCUAGAACAGUACAAAAACUAUGAAAACAUUCCUCAAUCUGGAGAGGGGUCAGGGAAGGAAUGCAAGACCACAAGGAAAGGGGGCAUGUAUUAUGAGUUCAGACGCAAUUCAAGAUCCGUGAAAUCAACAAUUCUUCAUUUCCAGCAGUUGCGGAACUUGGUUUGGGCAACGUCAAAACAUGAUGUUUACCUUAUGUCACAUUAUAAAGUCAUUCAUUGGUCUUCAUUAACUUGUACCAAGUCUGAAGUUCUCGAUGUUUCGGGGCAUGUGGCACCAUGUGAGAAACAUCCUGGAAGUCUGUUAGAAGGUUUUACACAGACGCAAGUUAGCACACUAGCAGUAAAAGAUAGGUUAUUGGUUGCUGGAGGAUUUCAGGGAGAACUUAUAUGCAAGAAUCUUGAUAGACCUGGAGUUUGCUUCUGUUCCAGGACAACUUACGAUGAUAAUGCAAUCACUAAUGCCAUUGAGAUUUACACUACUCCCAGUGGUGCAGUUCAUUUCAGGGCUGCAAAUAAUGACUCUGGAGUUAGAGACUUCGAUAUGGAGAAAUUUCAACUUUCUAAGCAUUUCCGUUUUCCUUGGCCAGUGAAUCAUACUUCCCAAAGUCCUGAUGGUAAGCUUCUUGUGAUUGUCGGAGAUAACAAAGAUGGUUUAUUGGUGGACUCCGGAACUGGAAAGACCGUCGUGCCCUUUAUCGGGCACUUGGAUUUCUCAUUUGCAUCAGCAUGGCGCCCUGAUGGGCUUACUUUUGCUACCGGGAACCAGGACAAAACCUGCCGAAUUUGGGAUGUCCGUAAUCUAUCCAAUUCGGUUGCUACUCUGAAGGCUAAACUUGGAGCCAUCCGGUCAAUCCGAUACACAUCUGAUGGUCAGUUUCUGGCAAUGGCAGAGCCUGCAGAUUUGGUCCAUGUCUAUGAUGCUAAAAAUGGGUACGAAAAGGAGCAGGAAAUCGAUUUCUUUGGUGAGAUAUCUGGCAUGUCUUUCAGUCCCGAUACAGAAUCCCUUUUCAUCGGAGUUUGGGAUCGCACAUAUGGCAGCCUCCUCGAGUUUGGCCGAUGCCGGAAUUACUCGUACCUCGAUUCUGUUGUCUGAGUAAGGUAGCUCAUUGUUGUUCUUACAAUAGUAGGGCAAUGUGGGAGUGAUCAUAAAAAUGUAGGAAGGAGGGAGUGGAUGUACAGAGGGUAGGAAGCAUUGUUCCUGAAAACAAAAAGCUAGAACUAGGGAUUGUUAAGGGUAUCAGACAUGCAUGGGAUUUCAUGGCAUUUUUUUGUUACCUUUCUUCUCGAGAACCCUGAUUUCUUUCGAGAACUUCUGGAUGGCAUGCAUUUAUACUGCUUUAUCCGUGUUAGUGCAAUAGUCACACAAUUCGUCCAAGAGAUCCCGCUCUCAAGCUCUGCACGUGAAUUUGCAAUUUGGGAGCGAAUUCGCACAGAAUUCAUGAAUUCAAUUUUUGCAAUUCCAUACGAA